AUGGACUUCACGUUUACAGCCAAUCUGCCGCCACCGGCAGAACAACGACUGCCACCGGAACCACCAGAUAAAGGAGGAAGUGGUAACGGAUCUAAUAUUGAUAAGGUGCAUGAAAAAAGAGAGAUGAUAUCCUUUAGGGAUAAAGUGUUAGGGAAACAAGCUGUUAUCACAAGGGAACGUGUGGAUCUAUUAGCUAAUAAGUUGGCUAAGGUUGAACUGGUAAAAGGAAAUCGUUUAAUGCCGAUGCUCCACGUUGAAGGGAAAGUUAUAGAAGAAUUGAGUAUACCAUGGAAGGAUGCUUUGGUGAUUAAAUUAUUGGGAAAGAAGUUAGGAUACAACACGAUGAAGAAUAAAUUGGAAACUACAUGGAAACUAGUAGGAGGCAUAGAGUUGAUGGAUAUUGGUAAUGCUUUCUACAUGGUGAAGUUUGAUGGAGAAGAUGACAAGAACAAGGUGAUAAAUGGGGGUCCUUGGAUGAUCUAUGAUCACUACUUGGCCGUUAGUCAGUGGUCUCCAACUUUCAACGCGGCUACUGCGACGAUCGACAAGACGAUGGUGUGGAUCCGGGUUCCAAGCCUGAACCUUGUUUAUUAUGAUGAAAGUUUACUUUGGGCCCUGGCAUCAAUGGUUGGCAAUCCUGUAAAGGUUGACCUUCACACGCUGCGAGUAGAACGGGGAAGAUUCGCUAGAAUGUGCGUUGAAAUUGAUCUCACAAAGCCGGUAGUUGGUCGAGUAGGAGUCAACGGCGAAUGGUAUCAAGUUCAAUAUGAAGGGUUACACAUCAUAUGCACUCAAUGUGGAUGUUAUGGUCACCUUCUAAAAGACUGUGCACAGACAAAAAAGAAGCCAGUUACAGAGGUUGCGAAAACCGCCAAUAGUCCCGCAACAGAAGGCACUCCGGUGACACCUCCACAAACUCAAAUCGAGGCUAAAAUUACGGAGGAUAGCGCUUGGAAUAUGGUUCCCAACAGAGAGGAAGGAGAUCCAGAUUUUUUGCACGGUGAUUGGAUCAGAGUGGAGAGAAAGAAACGGGGAAAUAAAUUUAAUGCUAGCAAUAAUAGUGGGAUUCCGUUUCCUACCAACGUGCAAAAUCACAGCAAGGAGCUAAACAAGCCUGUAAUUGAACACAAUAAUGGAAAUCAUGUUAAUACAAGUCAACGGUCUGAAGCUGGGCCCAAUCAAAAUUCAAAAAGGAAAUUUAAAAAGAAGAGGCCUAGAUAUGACACCACUGGUACAAAUAAAAUUAGUCAGCAUGUAACUUCCAAGGUAGAUGUUUCUACAUCAAUGGGAGUAUACAAUGGUGGACAUAAUACAAUAAAUGCCAAGGUUACUCAAAUUCCAAACCAUAUACAAAUGGAAAAGAAUGCUAGCCUAAUUAAGAGUGGAAUUCCAAACGUGGAAAAUAUUCAUGGAGCUUCCACUAGUAUUGCACAAAAGCAUCACAAGGAUUAUGAUAUUGGGAAUGGUAGUGUAAAACAAAACAUUUCAAAAUCCACACAUGUUGACAUGGCUUCAGCAACAAUAGUGGGUGCUGCGCAAAAUAUGUCACCUGAGGAGAUGAAGAGCAGUUUUGGUGCUGCGGAGGAUACAAGCAUGCAUCUAAAUUAA